AAGAAACUGUCACAGCUUGGCUCACUUCACACACACACACACACACACACACACACACACACACACAUACACGCACAUACACACACACACACGCACUGCUCAGGAUUAAAGGUUUCCCUGCACAAAGCAACUCACCGAGCGGCUGCGUGGUUCCUGCCAGUCGACACCAUGGCGUCCUCAAACAGACAGCCGACAUCCUUCUUCAUUGAAGACAUUCUGUGUUUGAGACAAGAGAAGGCUGAUGAGACGAGGGGAAGUUCAGCUGAUAGCCAAAGAGCCGCACGGUGUCGUGGAGACGAAGCAGAAAAGAGCGACGCGCUCCUCAUACACGCUUUAACCAGCAGACCUGCGUCACCCGACGAGUCGUGUAUGGCGGAAAGAACAGACUCACCGACAGAAGCGACGACCGACGGCGACGAGCCGAACCACACGCAGCACCUGGCCCAGAAACAGAAGCGCUCGCGCGCCGCCUUUACGCACCUGCAGGUCCUCGAGCUGGAAAAGAAGUUCAGCCGUCAGCGCUACCUCUCUGCACCUGAGCGCGCGCAGCUGGCCGCCGCGCUGCGCCUCACCGAGACUCAGGUGAAAAUCUGGUUCCAAAACCGGCGCUACAAAACCAAACGGAGGCAGCAGCUGGAUUGUUACCGGAAGUCUGAGGGAAGCUUUGUCGUCGCAGCCGCUUCCACGGUGGAAGAGAACUUGCUCAGAGCCUCAGUGCUCUCCACAGUAUACACAUGUUACCCGUACCGGCCGUGCGUGUACGAUCCACACCGACUGGGCACGUGGAGGCCGACGGUGUGGUAACAUGGACACGAUCGAGACUUUAAAUUAAACCAAUUCCUGUAGCUAAUGUGAUUUUAUUCCAUCUUGUACAGCUUUUUAUCCAUAAAUAAACUUGUUUUUUUUUU